CAGUUUGAUGUUGUCUCACGAGAGCCUCACUCCAUGUCAUAACAUGUUGAAUAUGGAGUUUCUUAUUCAUCCAAUGGCUGGAGGUUUCUAAAAUAGUCUUUUUCAUUCUCUUCACAACAACAAUAAUGUUUGGAGGAUCUUUCAUUGCAUUCUCCAAGAAAGCUGGAGCUGUCAGGGUUCAUGUUGGUGUCAUUCUUGAUGGGGACACCAUAUCUGGGAAGAUGAUGAAUGUGUGUACGGCGCUGGCUCUAUCCGAUUUCCAUGCCAACUGGAACCGUGUCACCCAGGUUGUCCCUCACUACAGAAACUCCAAAUCCGAUGAUGUCACGGCUGCUUCUGCUGCCAUAGACCUGCUGAAGAAUGUUGAAGUUCAGGCAAUCUUAGGCCCUCAGGGGUCCACACAAGCUGAUUUCAUAGCUGACAUAGGCAAGAGAGUGAAAGUCCCUAUUAUUUCUCCAGCCAGAAGUUCAGCUCUUUCUUCCAGCCAAAACCCAUACUUCAUCAGAGCAGCGUACUGCUCCUGUGCGCAGUCCAAGGCAAUCGCUGCAAUUGUGGAGGCCUUUGGUUGGAGGGAAGUUGUAAUCAUCUAUGAAAACAGCAACCUUGGUGGUGGAAUUCUUCCUCAUUUGACUGAUGCGCUGAUGGAUAUCAGUGUUUCAGUAGCAGAUCAAAGAAUCCUUUCGCCACGGGCAAAUGAUGACCAGAUCAUGUUGGAGCUAGCAAAGAUAAAGAAGAAGAGGACGCGUGUCUUCAUAGUUCACUUGCAUCCGGCUUUAGCUCCUCAUUUUUUUGUCAAGGUGAAAGAAGCUGGAAUGUUGAGCAGUGGAUAUGUAUGGAUAAUCACAGAUGAAUUCGCCACUCUUUCUGUUUCCAUGAAUCCUUCGGUUCUUGACUCGUUGCGUGGGGUUAUAGGGGUGAAACCCUAUGUCCCAAGUUCAGUCGAGCUGAAGAACUUCACCAAGCGAUGGAAAUCAAAGGAGUUUCGCAAAGAGAAUCCAGACAUGGAUGGAGUGGAACUCAAUGUAUUUGGGCUAUGGGCAUAUGACAGUGCCAUGGCACUAGCAACAGCUCUUGAGCAAGUAGGGAACUCAAGUCUGCAAUUCAACAGGACGUUUAACCAGAAGAAUCUGACAGAUUUGGAGGCACUAGGGACUUCCCAAAUGGGGCCUGCGAUACUUGAAUCAGUAAGGAACAUCAAAUUCAGAGGAGUGAGUGGAUACUUCCAUAUUGUUGAUGGAGAAAUGCAACCAUCUGCUUUUGAGAUAGUGAAUGUGGUAGGUGGUGGAGUUAAAGGCAUAGGAUUCUGGACAGAAAAAUAUGGGAUUUCCAAGAAACUAAACCCAAACGUCACACUUCUUUACUCUGCUAAACAACAAGAUCUUGGGGCGAUCAUAUGGCCUGGUGACUCUACAGUUGUUCCCAAAGGCUGGGAGAUCCCCACAGGCAAACCAAAGCUCAAGGUUGGAGUUCCUGUUAAACAAGGGUUUGAGCAAUUUGUGAAGGUCACAAUUGAUCCUCAAACAAAAAAAGUAGUAAACGCAACCGGUUUCUGCAUAGAAGUCUUUGAAGAAGUGAUGAAAUCCAUGCCUUAUUAUGUACCUUUCGAAUACGAAGCUUUCCAUAUCCCCCGAGGUGAAAAUCGUCCAAACUAUGAUGACUUAGUUGACCAGGUCUAUUUAGAGAGAUAUGAUGCCGUGGUAGGCGACAUCACCAUUUUAGCGAACCGGUCCAAACUUGUGGAUUUCACCUUGCCAUUUAUAGAGUCUGGGGUCACUACUGUCGUCCCAGUCAAACAUGCCGACAAGAAGAAGGCUCAACAAAGAGUUCCAAGGUCCGCGCUACAAGCAAGUUGGGAUGAUCUUCUGGUUCUCCUUCUCAACUCUUGUCUUUGCACACAAGGAGAGGGUGAUAAGCAAUUUAUCAAGAUUCGUGAUCAUAGUAUGGGUGUUUGUUGUUCUGGUUCUGACCUCUAGCUACACGGCAAGCUUAACGUC